UACCUCGAUCGACCACCUAUCGAUACCUAGCUACCUGGUAGGCAAAGGCCGCUACAUCUCCUUCCAGUGCCAUCGAUCAUCGUGGAGACAGUCGAAAACCUAUAUCUCGCUCAGCCGACGAGACGCGAAGCAGCUACCAAAACAUGACUACGAGCUCGGCAUCCAUCCCGCAGCCGACGGUACCCUCCGUACAACAAGAAUCUACGUUCGAGGAGGAUUACUUUGCCGAACUUCUCCUCGACGACGAUGUCGAUGCUGAACUCGAUUCGGUGGUCAAGCCGCAGAAGAAGAGCAGAGAAGAGCGGAUGAAUGAGGCUGUCGAGAUCAGCAAGAGGGAGUACAAGUAUGAGCAUGGAAUCACGGAACAAUGGUGGUCUUUAGGGCUCGACAGGCAUCCUCAUCACUUCGAACGGGACCGCAACGUUACGGGCGAAAAUUGGGUGGAUGUCGUCGAUCUUAGAGUGGUCGAGUCGAAUAUCAUACAGCUAUAUUACCAGCACAAGUUCGCACGAGCUUUCAACCUGUCUCUACGGCUACUCUGUCCGAGCAGGUACUCGGGCAUCUCCGCGGCUCAGAUCCCGGCAGAUAUUAUACCAUAUCACCCAGGCAUGGAAUUAGUAUGGGACAAGAUUUCGAGAGAAAUAGGCGAUAUGAUGAUGAGGGUCGCUGUAAGGACGCAAACGAAGGAAUGGGGACGAGUGUUGGCUGAUGGUAUGAGACGGACGUGGACACAAGGAUCUAACGGUCCUAUGGCGGAGUUAGCGGCACAAUGUUAUGCACUGGACGGGCGUUUUAGAGACGCUCUCGUAGCGAUAUCGUAUGCUAUCGUCGAUCGGGGCUUUCUGAGGCCAUUCCAGAGAACCCUACUUGGCAUUCUGACUAGCUGGACCUCUAGGCUAGCUGAGGCUGAAGAUGGAGCAUUGGCUGAUAUCAUACAGUCGAUGCGGGGCGUUGCCGAGCAUUGCGUUCGCUCGAACGGCCAGGCAGACAAACCCAUGUUCACCGCGGAGGACAAGGUUAAAAACAAAGAGGAGGACCUUUCUUCAUACACGGUUUCGCUGCCUGAGAUUCCAGAUCUGGGGUCAGAGCCGGAAUACGUACAACGGUCUUCAGCAAAGCUAGGCUUCACGGACGAAGACGAGUUAAAAGUGCUAGACAAGGCUUGGAAGCGGGUAACAGGGUCGUUAGUACCUCGGUCUAGAGGAGCAGGAGGCCCGGAUGACGAUGAGGACGGUGCGCAGGGUGGAAGGAGCGUCAGAACGUUGUAGAACGGGACUCGCUAGCAGAUAUAAUUCGUUACGACAUG